AUGAGAAAUUCGCCAGGCCGCAUUGGCCCUUCCGGCCGGCAAAGGGGCGCGGCCGGCCAUGGGAUGCGGGCGGCGCCGCGCAAACGCAGGCCUGGGAAGAACGGGUCCAGGCCACCCGAUUGCCAGCAGCUUCCUGCCUCCUCUGGAACAUUCUCAACUAAUGCACUGAAAGUGGAAAACUCCCCCAUUCUUCUUCAUCUUUGUGGGAUGGUUCCUCAAGGAAAAGAGGCUGCCAACGGACAGGUUUCUUACAAUAUGGACCCUGACAAGGCGAUAUUCCAUGUCCCAAAUGGGAAAGAAGCUCCCAAGAGACGAAAUUCCAGAUAUCUGAAUCCUGACAGGGGAUCAUUUCUAGUCCCAAGACUUUCAGAAGUGGAAGCUGAAAACACACGACCAAAAAAGAAUCGCUGCUACAGAGCCUGUGGGGUAAUCUUCCCAAACCUCUUUUUCCUAUCUUGCUUGAUCAUCUAUGCCCUGUUGGGAGCAGCCCUCUUUUCUGCCAUUGAGGGCAGUAGAGAAAACAGGAAUGCUGAAUUGGAGACGUUUUUGGACAAACUUUGGAUUUACUAUGAAAAUAUAACAGGAACAGAGAGUGAAAGAAAGAUGCGUUUCGUGGAGAUGACCAAAACCGUUAUACAGAAUGAACUGGAGCCCGAAUGGCUUCUCAGCCCCAAAGACUGGUCAUUUCUGGGAUCCUUAUUUUUCUGCUGUACUGUAUUUACCACUGUGGGUUACGGUGAUUCCUAUCCCAUGACAAGACUUGGAAAACUUCUGUGUAUAGUGUAUGCUCUCUUUGGCAUACCUCUAAUGUUUCUGGUUAUGACAGCCCUUGGUGAUGUCCUAGCAUCCAUCAUAUCUAAGGCUUACUUUAAUUUCAAACAUCUUCAAGUCCCUCACCCCCAACUAUCACACAUCAGAAGGCAUAGUUCAAGAAACACAAACACCAGUACUGGGAAUCAGGUCAUACCUAAUAUUGUGGUCACAAAUACAGACCUUAACUUCAACAUGCAAAAUGACAAUGAAACAACUCAGAAAUCCCUGGUGGAACAACAGCAUAACAUUGAACUGUUUGAACAGAUCGUGAUGAGACAGCAGGAAAGAGGCAUGUUGUGCAACCAUUUUCAAAUAGAAAGGAGCAAUUCAUGUCCUGAGCUGGAACAGAGUAAACCAUAUUUCACUAGGCACAAAAGCUUGAGAGAUAUAGGGAAAAAAAUUGAGAAGUUUGAUGUUCCCAUCCUACUAAUUGUCUUUGUUGUGACUGCCUACAUAUCCUUUGGAGCAGCAAUUCUACCCUUUUGGGAAACUCAUAUGGAUUUUGAGACUGCAUUUUAUUUUUGUUUUAUAACAUUUACCACAAUUGGCUUUGGGGAUAUCCAGUUGGAUGAAACCUCUAUAUUUCUCUUUUGCUCCAUUUACAUUAUUGUGGGCAUGGAAAUUGUUUUCAUUGCUUUCAAACUGGUCCAGGAAAGAUUGUUCAAUGUUUACCGAGCCAUCGUAGUGUCGGUCACAAGAUGGGAUGUUCACUAG